AAGGGCCCCUGGAGACUGCCCGAGUGGAGCCCGGCAUGGAUGACUACACCAUCCUGCGCGCGAUCGGCGAGGGCUCCUUCGGCCGAGCUCUUCUGGUUCGGCAGGAAAGCAGUAGCCAGCUGUUCGCCAUGAAGGAAAUAAGGCUCCCUAAGUCUUUCUCUGAGACACAGAAUUCUAGAAAGGAGGCUGUUCUGUUAGCCAAAAUGAAACACCCGAAUAUUGUUGCCUUUAAAGAAUCAUUUGAAGCUGAAGGUCAUCUGUAUAUUGUGAUGGAAUAUUGUGAUGGAGGGGAUCUAAUGCAAAAAAUUAAGCAGCAAAAGGGGAAGUUAUUUCCCGAAGAUGUGAUCCUAAAUUGGUUUACACAAAUGUGCCUUGGAGUAAAUCACAUUCACAGGAAACGGGUGCUACACAGAGAUAUCAAGUCCAAGAACGUCUUUCUCACCCAAAAUGGAAAAGUAAAACUGGGAGAUUUUGGAUCUGCUCGUCUUCUGUCCAACCCUAUGGCGUUGGCUUGCACGUAUGUGGGAACACCUUAUUAUGUACCUCCAGAAAUUUGGGAGAAUCUGCCUUACAACAAUAAAAGCGAUAUCUGGUCCUUGGGAUGCAUUCUGUAUGAACUUUGUACCCUGAAGCAUCCGUUUCAGGCAAAUAGUUGGAAAAGUCUUAUUCUUAAAAUAUGUGGAGGGUUCAUCAAGCCACUGCCGUCCCAUUACUCCUAUGAGCUACAGUUUCUGAUCAAGCAGAUGUUCAAGAGGAAUCCCCUGCAUCGCCCUUCAGCCACAACACUCCUGUGCAGGGGCUGUCUGGCCCCGCAGGUGCGGGAGUGUCUGCCCCCAGAGGUCAUCGCAGAAUAUGGUGAACAGAUAUUAGAAGAAACUAAAAAAUCUCAGUAUAGUGCACAAAGAAAAAAUGAUAGCAGCAAGAUCAGGAUAGCUUUGGGAAAUGAAGCCAGCUCCAUGCAAGAGGAAGAACAAGGUGGAAAAUAUAGCCACACUGACAUAGAAAACAUUAAAUAUAGUUCGGUUGAACAUUCAAUGAAGAGAGUCAGUCGAGAAGAAAAAGAAUCGGACAAGAAGUCAGCGUGGCUGAAGGAAGCCAGCUCACCCGGUCCCCGCAGGCGGCAGUGGGAGAAAAACGCGCCCAGCACAGCUCUGAGGGCCCUGGGAGACGCGGCCAUACUCGCUGCCAGUUCACCGGCAGAGGACGACAGAGGUGGCUCUGUGAGAAAGUACAGCGAGCUGAAUAGCCGCAAGCAGUGGCUCAAGGAGCCGCCAGGCACCUUGCUGAACCUGCUCAGGAAUGCUGAUCUCAGCCUGGCAUUUCAAACCUACACCAUAUACAGACCAGAAGGGUUCUUGAAAGGCCCCCUGUCUGAAGGCACAGACGCGCCGGACAGUGUCGACGGAGGGGACGAGGCUGUCGCGGCAGACCCUGAGAGGUUGGAGCCCGGGCUGGAAGGCGAGGACACGGACUUUGAGGAAGAUGGGGACAACCCUGACUGGGUGUCAGAGCUGAAGAAGUGUCUGAUGCACCAGGCCCAAGGGGGCCACUCCACGUCCCAGGAAGGAGACAGUGUACACGAGGAACUCACGCGAGACUAAUCAUGCAGGUGCAGGCUGUCAUAGCAGUCAGCUUCUGGGCUGUGUAUCUGCAAGCAGAAAGAAUUUAGUAAUGCCUAAAGUAGUUCCUGAUGGAUAAAGCACAAUCAAAAUAUGUUUUUCUGGAACUCCAAUGAAUGUUUGAUCUCAGGGAAGAAGGCCCAACAGAAUGGGUGAGAGCUUGGUGCUAUGUGAUGUGUUCCUGUUCUGCCUCUCCCCUUUCGUCCUCCUCCAUUUUGUGUCCAUUUGCCUUAGCAUUGGAUUUAUUCCAGUGUUUUGGAGUUUUGUCAUUUUGGAGGCUUUCAGGGCAUUUUCUUCUUCUUUCCUUCCCAGCCUGUGCUCUUAACUAUCUAACAGGUUGUUUGCUUUCUUGGGUCCUCCUCUGUUCUUAUGACCUGGGACCCCAGAAGUACACAGGUGGCCUGUAAUCAUCCCAUUAGGCACAAAAGUUAAGGUGCAGCUUGGGACACCUGCAUCCUAUGCUGGAGCUCAAGGACCAGCUCUGUGUCAGCCUCUAGCUUCCUGCUGAUAUGCACCUGGGAGCACCAGGUAUGGCCUAAGGAUCUGUGUCUCUGGCACAAAUACAGAAGCUCUAGAUUGAGUUUCAGACUCCUAGCUUUAGCCUGGCCCAGUUCAGCUGUUAGAUAUUUGGGGGAUGAGUCAGGGAUGGAAGAGCUGUCUCUGUUUCUAUACCUUUCAAAUAAAUUUAAAAAAAUGUAAAAAA